CUGCCUCGGAGGCUGAGCAGAAGGGAGGGGCUCCCCUCUCCUGCAACUGGAAUUUGACAGGCCAUGGUUUGGCAAACAUCUGCGACACAAUUUGGAGUUACAAUUUGAAACCUCAGCUACGUUUACUUCCAGUUUGGCAUUAUGUGUGAAUUUGGCCUAAGAGUGAACACUAUGCUUUUGACUGCAGAAAUAGGGAACUGGAAGACUGCUUAUUAACUGUAUUAAAAUGGAUUAUUUAUUACUGGAGUAAAUAAAGGUGCUGAUAACCGUUCUUCAGCUGCUGCAUCUACAUAAAAAUGAGUGAAAUACAGGCAAUGGUAGAAUUCUCUGUGGAGCUCCAUAAAUUUUAUAAUGUGGAUUUGUUUCAAAGAGGUUUCUACCAGAUUCGUGCAUCUAUGAAAAUUCCUCCAAGAAUUCCACACAAAAUUGAAGCAAGCUUAUUACGUGCAACCAGUGCUGAUCUUGCCUUUCCAGCGUCAGUCCAUGACAAUGUAGUCUGCAGUAAAACAUUUCAGAUUCUUUACAAAAACGAAGAGGUGUCUGUGAAUGAUGCUAUGAUCUUCAAAGUUAAGAUGUUGUUAGAUGAAAGGAAGAUUGAAGAGUCUCUUAAUGAAAUGAAUUUCCUGCUCUCUUUAGAUCUACAUUUUACAGAUACAGAUUAUUCGCCAGAGGACUUGAGCACAUUGCAGCUAAUUAGCAGCCGAACACUAAAGUUGCACUUUACCCUACACCAAGGCCUUCAUCACUAUGUCAAUGUCAUGUUUGAUUACUUUCACCUCUCUGUCGUCUCUGUUAUAGUCCAUGCCUCUUUAGUUGCUCUUCACCAGCCAUUGAUAAGCUUUCCUCGCCCAUUGAAGAAUACUUGGCUGAACAGGAAUGCACCAACACAGAACAGGGACUCUGUGAUUCCUUCUCUUGAAAGUGUCGUCUUUGGCAACAAUUACACCAAACAAUUAUCAGCUGAUGGCUGCAGUUUUAUAAUAGCAGAGCCUUUCUUGAAUCAUGCUUAUAAUCUCCACCACACUCUUUGUGCCAGUUUGCUGCUUGCGUUCAAGGGAUUACACAGCUAUUUCACCACUUUAUCAAAGGAGCUGCCUUCCUGUCUGAAAUUAGAUGCAGCCAAGUCCAGCAUGCAGGUCCUUUAUGAACGCCUUCUCAGAAGAAAAUACCUACGAUUCCAGGGAGACGCCUAUCUAGAGAACAUAGAUGUAGAUGUAGAAGCACGGAUGUUGGAACUCAGUGAAGAAAUAAAGAAAAUGGAAAAUCCUGAUGAACUGGCCGAACUUAUAAAUAUGAAUCUUGCACAGCUUUGUUCACUCCUGAUGGCUUUAUGGGGACAGUUUCUUGAGGCCAUUAACUUCCAAGAGGAUGUCACUGCAUUACUAGCACAAGAACAUCAUACAAUGCGUGUGCGCAGAUUUUCUGAAGCGUUCUUUUGUCUUGAACAUCCAAGGGAAGCAGCCCUUGCAUAUCAAGAACUGCAUGCUCAGAGUUACCUUCAGAUGUGUACUGCAAUAAAAAGCACCUCCUUCUGCAGUUCUCUCCCACCUCUGCCUAUUGAAUGCAGUGAACUCGAUGGGGAUCUGAACUCUUUGCCUAUAAUCUUUGAAGAUCGGUAUUUAGAUUCCAUCACUAGAGAUACAGAUGUACCCUGGUUGGCAGCUCAUCAGAAGUCUGACUCGAAGAAACUUGAGAAAGCAGAUGCUGAAGAAAGUGUUAUGGCCAGUGUCUCUAGCCCAGAACUGAAAAAUAAACCUUCAGUUGCCACCCAUACUUGGCAACCGGAAACUGAAAAGCAGCUCACAAAAUCUUCAAAAGGAAAAUGUGAAGAUGCAAACAAAUCCAAAGUUAAGGUUACCAAAUUGAUGAAAACAAUGAAACCUGAAAAUCCCAAAAAAAUAGUAAAGCAGAACUCUAAGGACUCCGUAGUCUUGGUAGGCUAUAAGUGCUUGAAAAGUGCAGCACCAGAGGACAUCUCUAAAUGCUUUGAAGGCAUGCCUUUGGGUAACCAGAAAGAAGGGCUGGAUUCAGCAGCUGGUGGGCAUACUUGUGACACAAAGAACAUCUUGCGACAAAUGAGUCAGAAAGAGCUUAGAAAUUUACCAUCGAGGACUGCCAAACUGGAUGCGGGUGAGGAAAGCCCAUGUAGUUCUGUCAUCUCUCAUUGUGCACAUUCAGUCAUUUUUGGUAAACCUGAUAUUCCCAAAGCAGACAUUGGGGGUAUUUAUGGGGAUAGCAGCUUGACACCAAGAAAUAUUAUUGAAGGUCACAAUUCAUCAGGAGUUACAAAAAUAGAGGUAAAACCAUAUUGUAGGAAUACUUAUCGGGGGGAGAAAGUGUUUGUCCGUAUUGGAUCACAGGCAGAAGUUUCACAAGCUGGAGCGCAUGGUGAGAACUUACAGGAGCCCACCUUUGAAAGUUCAGAACCUGAGAAGAGACCUAAAUCUGAUGAAGAGGAGCUGCUGCUUGAAAAGGAAGGAAUAGACUUCCGACCUGCCGAGGACGCCUUGACAAGGGUCAAAACCAACCAGUGUGUUCUAAGUGGAGAUGUACUUAAGCUGCCUGAUGUUAGUGUGACUUAUGCAUCAUCUAGGUUUUCAGAUUCUGGUGUAGAAAGUGAACCAAGUUCUUUUGCAAUGCUCACAAAUGCAGACGUGGCUUUUGAACUUGCUCAAGGGCAAAGCAUGUGCAACAGUGAAAGACUACUUCCUCAGCAUUUGCUAAAACCAGAUUGCAAUAUUAAAAGUCCAAUAGAAGGUCACUGUACUGAGAGUACAAGUGCUGUUAGUGAAAUACAGUCCUCCCUAACAUCAAUAAAUUCUCUGCCUUCUGAUGAUGAUUUGUCCCCUGAUGAAAACUCAAAUAUAUCUGUUGGACCUGAAUGCCAAUUAAGUGACAGCAAAACUGUAUUAGACCUGGGAGCAAUUAAUUUGAUAAAAUUUGAGGACACUGAAGAACCAAAUAUUUUGCCACAUGAGUGUUUAGUGUGUUCUGGACAGUCAGACAAUGAAACUACACUUCUGCCUUCCUCACCCACCAGUAUAAAAGGUCCUUUACCAUUUGUUUCAGAUGAAGAUACAUCUAUUGAUGCAAACACUUGCAGCCCACAAUCAAAUAUUGAUACAAUUUGUAAAGAUUCCCAAAGACUAGAGAAAGACUUGCAUGCUAUCAAAAAAGCAGAUGAAAUACCUUCAGGAGUUGUUUUUCUAGGGGAGUCCUGUGUUGUUUCAGGUUCAGUGUCCAGUCAUGCUGAGGACGGUGUGAAGACAUCAAGUGAAGAAAAUCUUAGUGAAAUUUUAGAGCGAAAACAAAUUUCUGAUAUAUUGUCAACUGCAAAAAAUGAAAAUCCCACAAGCCUGAACAUGCUCUCCUCAGAGGGAAGUGCUGAUAUGCUGAAGCAAGGGCUUGUAGAAAACUACUUUAGCUAUCAAAGUAGUGCUGUUCUUCCCAAUAUAUAUUCUGCUGACAAAACUAAUCCUGUUAGCCCUCAAAGGGGAUCAGUUUGUUCCUUUCCACCAGAGGAGGAAGAUGAGCAAGAUGAAGACAUGGUUCAAAAUGGUUAUUUUGAGGAAGCGAGUGAUAAUUUAUAUGAAGCUACAAAUAAUUCUGAGGAGAAUCUUGAGCUAACAAAUGAGAUAACAUUAAGAACUGAAAGAUUGAAUAGUGAACUUUUCAGGGAUGCAGCAAAUAUAGUUCCAUUGUGUACUCCAAGUGGUUUGACAUUUUCUUCUACAUUGAGAGGAUACCCAUGCAGUGUGCUGUGGUCUUCAAAGGAAAGACCUAGUAUGGUUCUCAAGCAUCCUAGCAGUGUGUCUUCCAGUACAGUUUCAUCCGGUCCCUGGUAUGAGUGCUCCUCCAAACCUCAAAUACGAGCAUUCCUCCAGGCUAAAGAGGAAGUGAAGCAACUUCAGCUCCCUGGAUUUCUGUAUUGUGAUGUUCCCAGACUGGCAUCUUCAGUACCUUAUUUCAGCACAGAAGAGGAGGAAGGUUCAGAAGAUGGAAUACAUCUCGUAGUCUGUGUGCAUGGCCUAGAUGGUAAUAGUGCAGACUUAAGAUUAGUAAAGACAUACAUUGAACUUGGCCUUCCUGGAAGUCGUAUCGAUUUUCUGAUGUCUGAACGAAAUCAGAAUGAUACAUUUGCUGAUUUUGACUCAAUGACGGAUCGCCUUUUGGAUGAAAUAAUACAAUAUAUUCAAAUUUACAACCUAACAAUUUCAAAAAUCAGUUUUAUUGGGCAUUCAUUGGGUAACUUAAUAAUCCGUUCAGUGCUCACAAGACCUAGGUUUAAAUAUUAUCUCAACAAACUUUACACCUUCUUAUCUCUGUCUGGACCACAUCUUGGUACGCUGUACAACAGUAGUGCUCUUGUUAAUACAGGUCUCUGGUUUAUGCAGAAGUGGAAAAAGUCAGGGUCUUUACUGCAGUUGACUUGUCGAGAUCAUUCAGACCCCCGGCAAACCUUCUUGUACAAACUAAGUAGAAAGGCAGGUCUUCAGUAUUUCAGAAACGUAGUGUUGGUGGGAUCUCUGCAAGAUCGUUACGUCCCUUAUCAUUCUGCCCGCAUUGAGAUGUGUAAAACAGCUUUGAAGGAUAAACAGACAGGUCCAAUAUAUGCGGAAAUGAUCCAGAAUCUGCUUCUGCCUGUUCUUCAAAACAAGGAAUGCAAUCUGGUUCGUUACAAUGUGCACUGUGCUCUACCAAACACAGCUGAUUCUCUCAUUGGAAGAGCUGCACACAUUGCUGUUCUGGAUUCGGACAUAUUUUUAGAAAAGUUCUUUCUGGUUGCUGCCCUGAAAUAUUUCCAAUAGGAAUAAAAACAUGACAGACUUGGCUAUUACCUCAUUAACAAUGACUCAAAUAAUGUGUGAUAUUAAACUGUAGCUGCCGCUGUAUUUUAAGAGAUAUUUAUACUUUUUUAUAUGGAAGAUAGUUUAUCAUCCAUGUGAAGAGCUUUUUUAACAUCAACUUUACUUUCUAGGUAAUGUGGCUGUGCAAUAUAUUUUUUUAUGUUCGUUUUUACUUUUUUCUAUUUUUCUUAUUUUGGGUACCUAAUUAUUUCAGAACUGAGUUUUAAGCACAGUAUGUACAAUUGGUGAGUUUAUUGGCUCUUAGGCUGCAAAAGGUCAAUGUUAUAUGGCUAUGUUUGUAUGAGUCUUUGGAUGCCAAAACAAAUCUGAUUUUUUUUUUUAAAGAAGGUAUUAAAUUUGAUCUUAGUAUUGUAGAAAGCUGAACUGGAAAAGACUAUUUGGCUGCUAAACUGACUACGAUAACUGUAGGUCUGUUCACGACCACUGUUGAGUCGCCUGUUUGCUGUAUCACUACAUUCUAGCUGUUUUCUACAAAUCAUUAAUGAACAUGCUAUGCCUGUGGAAGCUACAUUUUUCUACUGAUCUCAAAAGCAUGUUGGUUUACAUUUUCACCUUUAUUACUGGAACAUUAGUUUUCAUAAGCAAGCAGCAAUUAAGGAUUUUUGAAUGUUGAAAUGUCAGCUGCCUUCAAACGUAGUUUUGCAAAGUUUAAUAAAAUUGCUCUUACUGUCAGUUCUUCAGUGAACCUUUUACAUGGGACUUCCUUGUAUAUACAUUUUAAAAAGUAAAGAUUAUAAAUUUCUGCAAUACUUUUAUGAAUAUAGAUUUUUAAAUAUUAAGUUUUAUUGACAACAAAUUAUUGUAGAUAUAUAUCAAUUGCAUCUUGAAAUGGAACAAAAUGAUAAACUUUAGUGAUACUGAUAAAUGUUUUUAAUAUACAGGAAUGUUAAAGGUCUGUUGGAUUUUUAUUGGUGCUGAACAGCAUUGAGUUAAAUAUUCUUCAUCCACUUUUUACCUGUUUCAAACAGUAAUGCACUUAAAGGUGAAAAAGUCUUGUGCAUUUACUAAUUGUAAUGAACAGAUUUUCUGAAAAUACAAAUUUGUUGUAUGUCUAGUGCAUGUUUAUUUCUAGUAUGGUGUUAUUGCAUCUGGUGUUAAUAAACUGAACAAACUUCUAACAGACA